UCCCGGAAGUGUAGGUGCGGUAUUUCCGGUGAGUCCCGGAUGUCCGCGCGAGGCGGCGGCGGUAGCGGCGGCUGUGAGGAGAAGUCGGCUUCCACCGCAACGUUCUUUGGCAAAGCGCACCUGCUAGGCCGAGGGGUCCACCAUGUUCUCCUUCAACAUGUUUGACCACCCAAUUCCCCGGGUCUUCCAGAACCGCUUCUCCACGCAGUACCGCUGCUUCUCUGUGUCCAUGCUCGCCGGGCCUAAUGACAGGUCAGAUGUGGAGAAAGGAGGGAAGAUAAUUAUGCCGCCUUCAGCCCUCGACCAACUCAGCCGACUUAACAUCACCUACCCCAUGCUGUUCAAGCUGACCAACAAGAACUCGGACCGCAUGACGCACUGUGGGGUGCUGGAGUUUGUGGCUGACGAGGGCAUCUGCUACCUUCCUCACUGGAUGAUGCAGAACCUGCUGCUGGAGGAGGGGGGCCUGGUUCAGGUGGAGAGCGUCAACCUGCAGGUGGCCACAUACUCCAAGUUCCAGCCCCAGAGCCCGGAUUUCCUGGACAUCACCAACCCCAAGGCUGUAUUAGAAAACGCACUGAGAAACUUUGCCUGUCUGACCACCGGGGAUGUGAUUGCCAUCAACUACAACGAGAAGAUCUACGAGCUUCGGGUGAUGGAGACCAAGCCUGACAAGGCUGUGUCCAUCAUUGAAUGCGACAUGAAUGUGGACUUUGAUGCUCCACUUGGCUACAAAGAGCCUGAGAGACAGAUCCAGCACGAGGAGUCAGCCGAGGGCGAGGCUGACCAUGGAGGCUACGCUGGGGAGCUGGGCUUCCGGGCCUUCUCAGGCUCUGGGAACAGACUGGACGGGAAGAAGAAAGGUGUAGAGCCUAGCCCCUCCCCCAUCAAGCCUGGAGACAUCAAAAGAGGAAUUCCCAAUUAUGAAUUUAAACUCGGUAAGAUCACGUUCAUCAGAAAUUCACGUCCACUGGUCAAAAAGGUUGAAGAGGAUGAAGCUGGAGGCAGAUUCGUCGCCUUCUCUGGAGAAGGGCAGUCAUUGCGUAAAAAGGGAAGAAAGCCAUAGGUUAGGACUGUUGGCUGAUUGGAAAAUAAAGUAAUUGCAACAUGAUGGCUUUUAGUUACUGGCUCUGAUGGGGAUGCUCUGUCACCUUAGGUUUGUUUAGAAUUACCUAAGAAUUCUCAGGUCUGACUGGAAGUGGAACAGCAGGCCGUGGAGUUGUGCACCUGAUUGGGGGAAGGAGCAGCCAUCUCGGGUCACCACUCCCUGCUUUCAGCCCUCAAGGCUCGCUCACUGCCUCAGCUGCAGCAGAGUCCCCCAAUUCCUGUUCAAAACCUGUGAAGGGAUUGAACUGCUCCAAGCUGUGGUGUUUUUUCUUCAUUUGACCUUUCUUUUUCCAGGUCAUAGUUGUCAUAGUUGCCUUUGGCCUGGAAAAAAAGUGGUUUAAACAGAUAAGUGCUCUCUAUAAAUAGUGGCUCUCCCAUUACUCUGGCUGCAAUUUAAGUAUUUGAGGAAGGGUGUUUCUAUUUUGAUUUUACAAUGUUGGUUUGUUUGUUUUUUUCAUCACUAAAAGACAUUACUCGGAAAAGCUGAUCUGAAAGCAUUUCCACUUUUAUUUUGAUUUCAUUUGGAAAUAACUGCCUUCUUAAUCAGUCUCUUCUGCUGUAAAACAACAUGGUGAAGCACAUAUAUGAGUAUUAGAAUAAAUGAAAGCUAAAGAAGUGUUCUUUCUCCUUCCCUACCCACCACUCCCAGUUUUAAUGUAUUAAAUCAUUAAAGUUUCUGUUGGCCUGUC